GCCAGGGGCGGGGCCGCUCGGCCCUUUAAACCUUUCAGGGCUGCUCCGAGGGCCGCAGCUAGAGUCGGCGCCACGAGGGGGCCGAGCAGGGUGCGGCGGCGGCGGGGCGCUCCGGGGAGGCCAGGACAGCUGAUGGUUGUGGCAGAAACAUCUCAAGGUAGCUGGUCCGCCCCCACUUCCCCAUCUACCUCUUGUCCUCCCCCCCACACCACCACCACCCUGGCUCCCCUCCCUCAUGACCGCCUGGAUCCUCCUGCCUGUCAGCCUGUCAGCGUUCUCCAUCACUGGCAUAUGGACUGUGUAUGCCAUGGCUGUGAUGAACCACCAUGUAUGCCCUGUGGAGAACUGGUCCUACAACGAGUCCUGCCCUCCUGACCCUGCUGAGCAAGGGGGCCCCAAGACCUGCUGCACCCUGGACGAUGUCCCCCUCAUCAGCAAGUGUGGCUCCUAUCCCCCAGAAAGCUGCCUCUUCAGCCUCAUUGGCAACAUGGGUGCUUUCAUGGUGGCCCUGAUCUGCCUCCUGCGCUACGGGCAGCUCCUGGAGCAGAGUCGGCACUCUUGGGUUAACACCACGGCACUCAUCACAGGCUGCACCAACGCUGCGGGCCUCUUGGUGGUUGGCAACUUUCAGGUGGAUCAUGCCAGGUCUCUGCACUACGUUGGAGCUGGCGUGGCCUUCCCUGCGGGGCUGCUCUUUGUUUGCCUGCACUGUGCUCUCUCCUACCAAGGGGCCACCGCCCCGCUGGACCUGGCUGUGGCCUAUCUGCGAAGUGUGCUGGCUGUCAUCGCCUUUAUCACCCUGGUCCUCAGUGGAGUCUUCUUUGUCCAUGAGAGUUCUCAGCUGCAACAUGGGGCAGCCCUGUGUGAGUGGGUGUGUGUCAUCGAUAUCCUCAUUUUCUAUGGCACCUUCAGCUAUGAGUUUGGGGCAGUCUCCUCAGACACACUGGUGGCUGCACUGCAGCCUACCCCUGGCCGGGCCUGCAAGUCCUCCGGGAGCAGCAGCACCUCCACCCACCUCAACUGUGCUCCCGAGAGCAUCGCUAUGAUCUAAGGUCUGGGGAGGGUGGCUGGCCCGGCCUCCGCAGCACCCCACCCCAUAUCUUCUUUCCAUUUAUUUUGUACCAAAAACAAUUUUGAGAAAGUAUUCUGUUGGGAUCUGGGCUUCCUCACUUCUGGAGAAGUGGCCAUCCCAUGCCCACCUGUGCCAUAGAGGAGUGGGCCCUGCCAGCUGCCACAGCUGCAUGACCUGCUUCCCCACCCCACGGUGUCAUUUUGUUUUUAAAGGUCACCUGUCCUCACUCACCCAGCCAGCCCUUCAGGUGCCUUCUACUCCCAGUGCCAAAGCCAGACCACUGGGGUUUCCUGCUGCAGGAAUUGGGGGCUGGGAACAGCAGAGGGGAUAGAAGUCUGGUGGAGGUGGAGUGGGCACGCCUUAGCCUACGGAAAGGCCCAUUUCUGGGCCCACUGAGCUGCACGGGAUUCUUCACUCUGCCCCUCACUUCCUUUAGGGCAAAUAACACAGCAGAACCACGUGGGUAUUUUAGUACUUUUUUUUAUAUUAAAAGAAUUCUAAUUUGCA